AUGUCUCGAAAAGCAUUAAAGGUGGUGGUUGAAUUAAAGUUCAGAGCGGUUUCUUGUCCUGGGGUUCACCUGCCAUACAAAGAUGAUAUCUACCUCAGCAUGUGCUUCAUGGGCCAGUACCGUCAGUCUGAAUGUCUCCCUGCUGUCUUCCCUCUGCUGUUUCAUGAGAAGAUGACUUUUGAAAAGAUUUUCAGACAUGCAGUUGACCCUGGAGACAUCGCUGUAAUGCUCGAGUAUGAAACGGUCAGAAUUGAUCUGGUGCAGCUGGUCCCUCCUGCAGGCGACACUCUGGCCUACUUUGAGGAAGAUGCUCGACGGUUCUUAUUCCCAGAGCCCAAGCUGGUCCCUUCCUUCUCUGGAGUGGACCGAGAGGUUCUCAUGACCCGAGCACCUUACUUUCCAGGUAUCGCUCCGAGGUUGGAGUUCUCCACCAAAACCACCAUCAUUGAGUGCUCAGCUGAUGCCGAGAUCAACAUUUACCCCAAUGUAGCCAUGAGGCCAAUGAUAAAGAGGCGCACGAAGCGCUCCGGCAGACCCAGGACGUCCUCUCCUCAGAGGAAACAACCUCAAACCCUCGCAAGGAGACGAGGUUGCGGGGCGGACAGAGAAAGACAUGGCAUUUCCAGGUCGCUGUCUCACAUUCCCAGAUCCCAGUCACUGUCCCCUCGGAGGGCGGGGGACACGGAGCGUCUGGCCCGGCUCAGCCUGGACUCUGCAGCUCCCAUCUCAGCCGACAUGAACACAGUCAGCACCUCCCAGCCUAUGCUGGCUUCCUGGCCUGGAGCCAGUCGGUCCGACUCACCCCACAGGUCGGCUGUGUUUACCAGCUCCUCUUCACCUUUGGUCAGGUCUUCAUCCACAGUGAGAUUCUCUCCAACUGACAGGAGAAAAUCUUUAUCCAACGGUUUGGUUGGAGGUAUGUCUGAGGACGACUCCAGCUCUUCAGAAACUCACGACUCUCUUGAUCACCAUCGUGGUCCUGACCCAUCAGCACUGUGGCGGUCUUACGAAGAACAAGUCAGACACAGCAGGUCUCCAUCCAGUUCUCACAGAGAAUGGGAGGAAGUCCAUGAGCGUGUUCGAGGACUCCUCACGACGCCCAAAGCUGUACGCCGACUUCUAUAUGGUGCUACAGUCACUGAGGUUGACAGGGUUUUGGCGAGACGGUCCAUCUCUCCAGGUCCACCAUGA